CCUUUCAUCUUCCGGCCCCACGCCUGCCCACAAAAGACCUCCCUACUCCCUAAGCCACGAUGAACAACAAUGCGCGUUACAACGACCCCCUUGUCCAAGAUUGGACGGUACCCCCCAGGCGACAAGGGCCCAUGCCUCCGUCUACCAAUCGGUCCUUUAUGCCGUCCACAUCCACAUCCACGGCAGACCUCGCUGUGGCUGGCGACGCUCUCGAUCUACGUACGGCCCACCAUCUCAGUCCUGCGGCCGCAGCGCCUACAUUUCAUUUUGGAUCCCGUCCCCUACCACACAGGUCGAUUCAGGCGCCGGCUCCUAAUCCUUUCUCAUUGCCAAUCCUUCCAGCACUCCCUGCCCGCCUCGCUCCAGCCACUGGCAGCCCUUCAAUGGGCACUCCGGCGACGGCCACAUUGACGCGGCGUCCGGUCCCAAGGCGGCGUGUCAAUCCCUUGCCUGCGCGUUCCUCCAAAGCCGAACUUGGACGGACUACUAGUAUGCACCAGCCCAUUGAACAGGCAGGUCCGGUAGCCGAAGGGUCAACCCAAGCCGGCGGCAGUGCUUCCGCUACACUAGCGACCACCGAUGCAAACAACGGUCGCCGUCAAGCGGAGUCGGGAGGUAACAAGCGGAGGCCCGAGUCUAGCCGUCAACGGGGGUCCCAAAAUAAAAAGCAGAAGGCAGACGCAGCCACAAAGCCCCCCAAUCAGUGGACAUUCAUGAGUGUCCAGUUCUCCGAAGACGGCCAGCCGACGGACGUAGCAAUCCCGCAAGGUCAACCAGAGGAGCCCAGACAGUUGCCCUCCCCGGUCGUCAAAGCACCUCGAGCCAUACGACCGAAGCCCGCGGUCGCGCUGCCCUCAGGUUCUCCGAGUCUGAAGACCCAAACACCUUCUCCGAACGUGACCGUCGAUGGGGCAUCCUCCCAGGUCGCGCUUCAGCAUGCUCCGCGCAAAGCCGAGCACUCGAGCCUGCCGGUGCAGCCUGAGAAUGCUGUCAACUGCGCUCCUCGGGACACCAGCGUCCCCGUGCCGUCCCACCGCAUCCUCUCAGGCUCUAACAUUCUCCUUCAUGAUGUUCAUGAGGCUGAGGAUACGAUUUUCGGGGAGGGUACUACAAUCACCGGGUCCUCAACCUCUAACUCACCGACACUCUGUGAGUUCGACCCGGUAACCCCUUCCAGUACCGCAGGGAACGAAGGGGACGCAGAUCCCGCUGGCGCUUCCCUCUCCGAGAAGACGACCUUGUUCGCAAAGCCUGUGGACGACGCUCCGCGGGACGGCACCGUGUCGGCUGACGUUAUACCGGUGUCCUACGACUUGGACGAGGCCCUAGUAGAGUCCUCGCAGGUUGGGGAGCUCGAACGACUAACCUGGCUGGCGGACGACUUCUUUAAGGCAUUCAACGCCGCUGCCCCUUCCAGUACCGCAGGGAACGAAGGGGACGCAGAUCCCGCUGGUGCUUCAACCCUCUCCGAGAAGAUGACCGUGUUCGCGAAGCCUGUGGACGACGCUCCGCGGGACGGCGACAAGGUGUCGGUUGACCCUAUACCAGCGGCCUACGGCUUCGACGAGGCCCUGGUAGAGUACUCGGAGAUUGGGGAGCUCGAACGACAAACCUGGCUGGCGGACGACUUUUAUAAGGCGUUCAACGCCGCUGAUCCCUACCUCUGAAUGCGGACAGAGGCCUCGUCGUCGUCACGGUGUGGCGAACCGCUGGUGGGUAUGUAUCUAUCUCUAGGAUCGUGUCCCCGGCGCUCUCCAUGGCCGUCGCACCUGCUUUCGUGCACGCUCUGCAUCGUUGUCACUGCUUUGUUUAACUGACUGUACAACCCAUCCAUAUCUUGUACUGACUUGACUCACCCGCUUUGUAAUUCGAUACCUCGUAUACUCGAUACCUGAUUUCGUUGUCUCUGCUACUACUUAGUGUCUUCUCCAGUGUUUCUGUUGCAUCUUCUAGCUGUACCAUUGCAUGCUGUGUAUCUCGGUUAUACUCCUGCUCGUCUAUCUGUAUGCCGUGAUAGGCUACCGCUGUAAUCCAUUCUCCGAAAUCUGGAGGUCAUCGUGUUGUAUAAGAGCGCGGACAGUUACUGACU